UUUGCGCACCGUGGGAGGGGUGUAACUGCGUUUGUGCUCCACAACUUCUAGUCUACUGUUUUGCUUUAUUCUAUUUAAGUUUUUUCGGGCCGGACAACUGACACGCGCCAAUUCAAUUACUUUGAGGUACCAUGCUGUCAGGGGUUCUUGGAUGAGCCCCUCCAUCAGGAAGCAUGACGUCGCCAGGAGACAGAGAUGGCCCGGUGGAGAGGGGACACAUACCCCUGGACAUAGACAACGUCCACAUUCUCCUGCAGGUGGAACAAGAGCAAAUUCAGAAGAGAACCUUCACCAACUGGAUCAAUGCUCAGCUUUCAAAGAGGAGCCCUCCGUGUGUGGUGUUGGACCUGUUCAAUGACUUCCGAGAUGGGUCCAAACUGCUGGACCUCCUGGAGGUGAUGAGUGGCCAGCAAAUUAGUCGGGAAAAAGGCAGAGGCCUCUUCCAGCACAGGAGCAACAUUGAAACUGCCCUGUCCUUCUUGAAGAAGAAAUCAAUCAAACUGGUCAACAUUAACAUUCCUGACAUCAUUGACGGUAAACCGUCCAUCAUCCUGGGCUUGAUCUGGACGAUCAUAAUGCAGUACCAUAUUGAAGAGCUGGCCAGCAGCCUGUUGUUCAGCUCUCGUCAGUCCUCUCUGGAGUCUCUGGCCAGCCUGGACUCUCACUCCACCCUGUCAGCCCUCUCCAGCAGCAGCAGCCCUUUGCCCCCCAGGGCUUCCCCCCUACACCAAAGUUUCCGUGUCUCUGCUAAGAAAGCCCUGCUCCUUUGGGUCAGGGAACAGUGCCACAAGGCUGGCUGUACUCUGAAUGUGAAGGACUUCAAGGUCAGUUGGCGGAGUGGUGUGAUCUUCCUGGCAAUCCUGAAUGCCCUAAGACCUGACCUGGUAGACCUGUCCAAGGCCAGAACCAGAACCAACCGGCAGAACCUGGAGGAGGCCUUCUUCAUUGCCGAGCGUGAGCUGCACAUCCCCAGACUGUUGGAGCCUGACGAUGUUGAUGUGAGAGACCCAGAUGAGAAGUCGAUCAUGACCUACGUAUCUCAGUUCCUCCAGUACUCCAGAGACACACCUGCUACAGAGGAAGACAUGCAGAUGCACUAUAUGAGUUCUCCUAAAAGCCUUUCUCCUGUCAACCUCCCCUCUAACUUCACUCCUGCCAUCGCUGCCUCACCUCUGCGCCAGACCACAUCCAAUCAAAAGGCCCAGGAAGUGACCUGCUGGCUGGUACAGGCCUAUCAGGAGCUACUGGAAGGGUGGGACUCCACGGAAGGCGAGAGCUAUGCAGAGAGAUACCAUGUGUUCCAGACAUUUGUGGUGUCCUUUAACGAGCAGCGUCGCCCCGUGAUGCCACUCCUAACAGCCAUGAAGCGCACCCCCCAGUUGAGUGAGGAACAGAGAAACCUCAGAGUGGCCUGGGAUACCCUUGCUGAAAAGCUGCGUGAGUAUAAGAAAGAGCUGGACUUGAGUCUGCCUGCUCCCCUGGACGGCGUGGGCCGCUGGUUACUGACGGCCGAGAGAGCCCUGGCAGAGGAGGAAGGGGAUUCCCUGGAUCACUCCCGCGCCGCAGAAGAGGCAAGAGAGAAACUUGAGCUGCUCAAGACAUCCCUGGAAGAGAUGCCACAACAAAUAAAAAACUUUCAGAAGUUCCAAAAUGUAGAUGAAUAUGGAGCCAUCCUGGUACCUACAGACAAACUAGAAGAGAUGAAAAGAAGGUUCACCAGUGUAAGAGUCACUGCCAAGUAUCAUGGGAUUAAACUGGAGUACCAGGAGCAUCGACACACUGUGCUGGAAUUCCUGGGCCAGUUCAACAUCAAGCUCCGUGUCUGGAAGAGACCCUACAUUUCCCAGGAGGCUGUGCGUGUGUUGCUGAAGGAUUGGCAUGAGUUGGUGGUGAAGCAGGAUUUACCGACUUUGCUGGAGCGGGCCCUCCUUAACUUAAAGGUUGUUGCCAACAAAUAUACGAGCAAAUCUGCCCUAGCUGCAGACUCUGAACACAUCAUGUGCCAAGUAAAGGAGUUGGAGGAGCAAAGUGCUGUGACUCUGGAGGAGGUGUCUAUGGUGAAGAGCACUAUGGGCCGUGUGCUGUCUGCCUGGGACUCCUACUGCGACUCCUCCAGUUCCCUUCAGGCCUGGCUGGAGCAGGGCUCAGCCUCCCACGCCGUUACACAGAGGCCAGAGGUAACAUUUGAGAGUAUGACAGAAUGGAGGUCCCGUCUGGCUCAUGUAAAUGAGGUGGGGAACUUCCUGAUUCAACUAACUGACCCCACGACCAGCCGAGCCAUGGCAGAUGACCUCUGCAAGAUCAACCUGCAUUGGGCAGACUUCAUCAAGAUAACACAGUUUGCCGUUGCAGCAGAGCCCAGCGGAGCCACAGCCAGAUCCCAAGACCUCCACACACUCUUUAGAGAGGCCACUCAGAUCCUAAAGGAACCUGUGGAAGCCAUGUCUGGUCCCCUGAGGAUCUACAGAAAGAAAAUACAGUUCAUGAUGCAGAAAAUAAAGGAAGUGAAUAUGGAUUCCCUCUCCCCAUCCCCUGAAUGCCCUGCUGAGACAUUACAGAAACUCAAGCUGGCUUUACCUGAGGUUAUGCAGACACUGGCUGAGUCUGAGCAGGUGUGUGUGGAGCUCCUACACGUUGUGUCUGGGCUGGAGGGUCGCCUGGCAGAACUCCUGCACUGGGAGACAGAGGCCCGGGAGCUCUACCACAUCCUGAAGGCGGGAGAAUGUAGGGCCCCGCGUGGCCAGGACCCCCGUACCAGGGUGCUGAUCUCUCGUGGGCUGCAGCUGGAGGGCCAGGCAGUGACCGAGGAGCAGGAUCUGCAGGUGUUGGUGAUGACCGGGCAGAAGAACUCUCCCCUUCAGUACCUCAGAGCCUCCGCCAUGCAGGACAAAGUCAGAGCUGCUGUGGCUCAGUCACAGGAGGCAGUUGGGAUGUUGAGUUCUCUAGGAGCCAGAAGAGACAGAAGCAAAAGCCCCACAGAAGAUCAACCUCGACCUAAGAUCCUCAUCCAAUCUAAGGAAGAAACUGAGACUCCCUCUUCACCACAUCAAAUCGUCUCUCUAGCUGAGCACGUCUCCCAGCCCUUUGGCCCAUCUCAGUCAGAUGUGAAAACACAGCCGCAGUCCCAGACUCCCUCUCAACCCCAAACUCAGGCCCAACAACCACCAAUACCGCAGAUCAUUGUCCAGGAAUACACAGAGAAGAAGGCAAGUCCGAGUCCUCCUCUUCCCUAUUCCUACGCACAGGCCGUGUCUCAAACAAAGGGCCAGGCCAAGUCACCUCCACAGCCCCGGGCACUGCCACAGAUGGCUGAUCAGAGAAAAAAACUCUCUCCACCCCUAACACAGAAACAACCACAGACCCCAAAACAACCACAAGUGCAGAAACAGUCAGUGCCUCACCAACAGUAUCCCACUGAACAACAAAUAAUCUCUCAGCAACAGGUUCUAUUUAAAAAACAACAGGUGUCUGUUCAACAGCAGGUUCAAAGCCAAAAGCUGGGACAGGGCCAACAAUUGGCACCAACACAGAAGAAUCUUCUAACCAAGGAAGAGAUACAGAGCCGAAAGAAACAACCUCAGGCCAGUAAAAACCGGCCCUGGCUUCAGAACAAAGCUAAGGAUCAGACCCAGGCUUUAGACCAGGUUCCAGCCCAAUCUUUGGCCCAUGCUCCAACCCAAGCUUCAGCCCAAGCUUCAGCCAAGGCUCUAGCCCAUGCUCCAACCCAAGCUUCAGCUCAAGCUUCAGCCAAAGCUCCAGUCCAGGCUCCAAAACAAGCUCCAACACAGAUUCAAACACAGCAAAUGAAUCCAGGUAUAGCUCAAUUCCCUGUCCAGGUAGUUCCACAGCCUGCAGGAACCCCUAGGCCCCAGCCUCAGCCACAGGGCAUAACUAGUGGUCAGGCUCAACCUAAAGCAGGGCCCCAGCAAGUUCCCCAGGCAUAUCUUUAUGGUCAGCCUCCUGCCCAUUCCCUGACCUCAGCCCAAUCCACGACCACGAGCCACACUCAACCUCAACCAGCAGCCCACAACCAAGAACAACCCAAGACAAUUACCCGAGAUCCAUCUCAUACUCGGACACACCAUCAGCACAUGACCCAUACCCAACAACAACCCAUGAUCUCUGGCCAAUCUCAACCUAUGGACUAUUCUUUAUCACAAAUUCCAGCCAUGUCUAAAUCUCAGAUGGCUCAGGCUCAAUCUCAAAUAAAAGCUCUGCCACAGCAGGGCCAGAAACCCCACCCACAGGUUCAGCCACAGGUUUACCAGCCUCAAGCUCAGGCCCAACCACAUCCUAAAGCACCGGUCCCAGUCUGGCUACACGAAGCGCUCAUUGAUAUUCAUCCUCAGGUUCAGAUGCACCCCAAGGGCCAGCCUCACUCUGAAGUCCAGCCUCACACCCAGGCCCAGCCUCACACCCAGGCCCAGUCACAACCUCAAGUCCAGGCUCACCCCCAGUCACACUCUCAAUUCCAACCCCACACCCAGGCCCAGUCUCACACUCAAGUCCAAUCUCAUCCCCAAGCCCAAUCAUACUCUCAAGUCCAGCUUCACAACCAGGCUCAGUCUCGCCCUCAAGUCCAGCCUCAAUCCCAGGCUCAGCCCCACCCUCAAGUUCAGCCUCCCAUUCAGGCCCAGCCUCAGCCCAAAGCUCAGCCCCACCCUCAAGUCCAGCCUCCCUUUCAGGCCCAGACUCAUCCUCAGCCUUAUUCCCAUUCUCCGGCACAGCCCCAAAAAUGGGCCCCUGUCAGACCCUUUAGCCCAACUUACCCUCAGCCAAAGGGCCAUUCCCAGCCAUUAACUCAAGUAGUGCCAGACAUACCUGAGAACCUUCCCCAAGCCUAUCAUCAGUCCAUGGUUCAACGUCACUCCCUUACUCAGGCUUACCCACUAAGUCAAGCUUCGCUUCAUCAAUGGGCCCCAAUCAGGCCAGAGCAAGUCCCCCAGACAUACCUUUAUGGUCAGCCUUAUGGCCAAACUCAAGCCCAAAUACAUCCCCAAAGCCAACAGCAACCUCAGGUGAGAGCUUACAACAUUCAGUCUCAGCAAGGCCAGUUCCAACAGUCACGAUGGCCCCAGCCCCAUCCCUCAGCUCAGCCUCAGCCAUAUUUCCAGCCACAGCCACCUUCUCAACCCCAAAUUCACCCCCAGACCCAUAUUCAAGCUCCACCCCACUCUAAGCCACAGCCCCGGAUUUUGCCUGAGACCAAGCCCCAGAUCCAUUUCCAUCCUCAACCCAACUUGCAGCCUCUGGCCCAGCCCAUGGUACAGUCUAAGCCCCAGCCCCAAUCACAGCCACAUCCAAAGCCCAUUAUCCAGCCUCAGCCACAGCCACAGACACCACCCAAGCCACAGCCUCAGCCGCAGACACCACCCAAGACACAGCCCCAGCCCACUGUCCAGGCCAUCAUCCAGUCUCAGCCCCAGGUCAAGCCUCAGAUCCAACCUAAGGCCCAGAACCUUUUCGAGGCGCAUCUCCUUCCUCAGUCACCACCAGAUUCCCCGGAGCUCCAGAUUAAACCCCCGGCCUUGGCCCAAGCUCCACCCCAGGCCUACACCGAGGCCUAUGCCAAGGCUCAGGCCCUGGCCAGGAACCAGUUUGAGGAGGCCAAGCACUGCCUUCAGGAGCACAUCCUGGCCGCCAUUAACGUCUUCAAAGACAAACACAUAUCUAUUGAACAAUCUUCAGUAAAGGAGGAGACCCUGAGGACCCUGGACCCUGAGCUAUUAAAAGUAUUCCUGAGGGCUGCAGAGGGUAUGGAGGCCUUCUGCACUAUGCCUCAGCUAAGAGACAUGGAGUUCUUCACACAGUCUGUCAAGAGCCAAUGGGAGGCUGUGAGAGCUGAGAUAGAAGCCUUUUUGCACCAUUUACGAUUUGAGGUUAAGAGAAAAGACUUUAACACAUCUGCCUUACAGUGUGACUUAAUCUCCAAAUUAGCCCCCAAAACUAAGGCCUGUUUCUCAGCAGAGGGCAGCCUUGCCCAGGCGGGGCAACACCUGGAGGCCCUUAAAGAGCUGUGUGACACCCUGAGCCCUGAAGACGCCCACCGUUUAGCCCAAGCUCAGCUCAGGGAGUGUGAGAAGAGACUGGCUGCCAUCCAGCACCAGUUCAGUGGGGACAGAGACACACCUCCCCCUGACACACCUGGAAUCCCAGAACUGGGGAAAGAUCUGACUCCAAACAAGGAAUCAACUGUGCAGAGUGACAAAUCUUCAGUCACAGCCGAGGUUUCACCGGUUGUUGAAAAGAAGGUGAUUGACAAGGAGAUUGACAGGCCAACAGUCAUAGAUGAAAAUCCUGCCAAAAAAGCUGCAUUUCAAAGAUAUGACACAACCAAGAAGGCUCUGCAGGCUCAACUGGCCAAGAAUGCGAGUCAUCAAACAGACUUUACCAGUGACUCAGUCUCACUCAAAUACCUACACACACGUCUACAGGAAAUACAGACAAUGCAUCAGGACUCUGAGUCUCUGUGGUCUGAGUUUGACCACCAGUUUUCCCAGAACUCCCAGUAUAGCAGGGAAGGUGGUGGUGUGGAUCAGGACAGAGCUGAGCUGAAGGAACAGUUGCAAUGCCAGCAAUCAGCUCUGCAGAGGAGAGGCCGUUCUCUGAGGGAAGCCCUGAGACAGACAGACGGUACAGAGAACCACAUAGUUGAAUUCUCAGAACGCCUCGACUGCUUCAUCAGAGAAGCCAAGGACAUCACAGCGUUCACGCUGGCCAACACCAACAUCCUGACAGAUAUCAAGGACCUAGAUGAGAGCAUUCAGAGAGAACUAGACCAACUGUCCCGCUUUGAGUCCAGUGAGCUGGAUCCUAGAGAUCGCGAUCCCGUGACCUGUGUUGUCGAGGCCCACAAAACCAGUCUGGACGAGCUAAGACAGCAGGUCCGUAAAAGCGAGGCGGCGGCCCGGGCUCUGGACCGCUUCCUCAUGUCCCUGCGCACCGUAGAGCAGGACAUCAGUGCAGUACAGGGUGCCCCCUGUAGCGAUGCACGGGUACUCCAGGACGGCCGCUCCAAGCUGGCCCUGAUCAGGCAGAGUGUGGACAGUCUGGGGGACAAGGCCCCUCAGUUGGACCUUCUACUCAAGGGGGCCAGGCUUUCUGUGACGCGGGAUGGGGCCCCGGCCUCCUGCCUGGACAUGGUUUCUACGCUGGGACGGCGACUGGAGGAGGCUGACAGUUGUCUGGCCAGUCAGCAAAACAACCAGCGGAGGGAGCAGGAGAGCAGGAGCUUGGGUCUGAGGAAGAGAACUCUGCUAGGGGAGCUGAGAAGAGUGCAGGAGGCAGCAGAGAGACAGGGACUCAAGGAGCCUACCAUGCCUGCUGUACAGCAGAGGCUGCGUGUCCUGUCAGACCUGGAGGGUCAGCUGAACUCCCAGCGCUCUGAGCUUCAGAGUCUCCAGCAGGCCCUCACUCACACCCAGGAGGGAAGAGGCAACACCCUGGAGGAGCUGGAGACCCAGUGGGAGGACACACAGAGAGCUGUGGCUGACAGACAGGAGCAGUGCAGCAUCCUGUUGGAAUUAUUAAAGAAGUUUCAGAGCUGUCGCAGUUACAUAAGCACCACUAUGCAGAGGGCGGAGCAGACCAUGAGUGAGCAGGCUUCCUACAUGGGCAAGGAGAGCCUGCAGAGGCUCAUAGCUAAGGUUCAAGGGAUAAAAGAAGAUCUCAGUGGCCUAAGUCCAGGUAUGGAGGAAAUAAGGUAUGUGUGCAUACAGCUGCAGUCCCACCUAAAGAAGAUCCCUGACUGUAACGAGACUCCGUUUGACGCUGAGGCUGAUGAGCUUGUGGACCAGUGGCUGGAUGUGACAGAGAAGACAGACUCGUACCUUGAUAACCUGCGUGUUGGGCUGGAGCUGUGGGAAAAGCAGCUGAUGUUGGGAGCGGAGGUAGAAAGCUGGAUGGGGGCCAAACUGGCCCAGUUUGCAGAAAGCCACCCCUUCCAGAAUGAACAGGAUGUCCUGGCAGUUAGGGAUGAGAUCCAUGCCCAGGAACAGAACAUUGAACGCUUCCACAACAAGACCAUUGAGGUUCGGAAGCUUCUUCAAACCCAAGAGGCUCCCCUGGAGCUACAGGUGAUGGAGACCCAGCUGAGGAAGAAGAAGAAUCAGGUGGAGGAGCUCUUCUCCGACAUCACUGACGUCUUCCAGGAGCUGAUGGCUGCGAAGAAACACCUGGCAGGGAGGGUGGCAGAGUGCCAGUCUGCCCUUCAGAAUAUACAAUCAUCGGUGGGCAUGCUCAGUAUGCCGGAAGACCAGGCCCAGAUGCAGGAUCUAUGUGAGCAGCUGCUGUCCCAAGAGGAGCAGACCUGCUCAGUACUGAACAAGGUGGACUUACUGUCCAGCAUGGCCAGCCCGCAGGUGCUGCAGUCCCUGUCCGCAGACUGUAUCCACCUCAGAGAGACCAUCUCACAAUCCAAGGACAUGAUCCACAGGAAGAGAGAAGAGGUAGAGAAGGGCCUCGUCAAUGUCAUCAAAGAUGAGAGCUUGUCUUUUGAGGAGUGGUUCCAGGACCUGCAGCUGUCUGUGAAUGAGUGUUUCGAGAACCCUGAGUGCAGACAGGAUGUGGAGGCUUCCAUGCAAAAACUGGCUUGUUUCCUGGCGUCUAAGGAUGGGGAGAAACUCCUGGGUCAGGUGAGAGAGCACCUGGAGGCAGGUAAUGAUCAGCUUCCUCCAGAGCAGCUAGUUCACCUCAAUGACUGGCUUAAGGAGCAGGAGAAGGAGCUGGCCACAUUCAGAACUCACUGCCAGGGCAGGCAUUGCCAGCUGGAAACAAUACUCAGCACCCUCAACAGUUUACAGCAGAAAAAUGACAGUUUCCAUGCCUGGCUUCAGUGCUGGGAACACAAGUCACUGGAAGGAGAACAAGCCAACAGCCUUCUCAAAGAUCUCCACAGAGAAAGUGAGAUGGUGGAGUCCCUUAGCGCGCUGUGUUCCUCGAUGCGGAGGCAAGGCCUGAGAGUGGACAGCCUGCUGACAGACAGUGACAGCCUCUUGCAGCGCUAUGGGAACCUGGAGGCUAGACUGCAGAGGCAAGCUGAAACACAAAGAGUGCUAGAGGAGACCAGUAGAGAGUUUGACACCCUGUCAAACAGCACCAGGACCUGGGUCAGAGACCAGCAACAACGACUUCACCAGAAUCAGAAAGAUGACAGUGUACACACAGCACAGGCUGUCCUGAGUUCCAGACCAGAAGGAGACGCUAAGCUUCAGGACUUAAGGAAACGUGGUCAGACUCUGUGUGAACACCAGGACCUGGAGGAGAGCAGGAGACGAGAGGUUCAGCAGACAGUCAGAGAUGUGGAUGAGGAGUGGAGGAGAGUCAUGCAGACUGCUGAGGAGACUCUUACCAAGGCUGAGAUGCACAGUGCCAUUGAGGGUCAGUUAAGAGUAUUUGAUUCCCAGACAGAGUUCACCAGGACCUGGGUCAGAGACCAACAGCAGCAAAUCCUCUCUCUGGACAACCAGGCCAAGACUGAGGACCGAAAAGAAAGAGCACAGGCUGUCCUGAGUUCCAGACCAGAAGGAGACUCUAAGCUGCAGAACUUGAGGAGACAAAGUCAGACUCUGUGUGAACACCAGGACCUGGAGGAGAGCAGGAGACGAGAGGUUCAGCAGACAGUCAGAGACGUGGAUGAGGAGUGGAGGAGAGUCAUGCAGACUGCUGAGGAGACUCUUACCAAGGCUGAGAUGCAGAGCGCCAUUGAGGGCCAGUUGAGAGACUUCAUAACCCAGAAGGAAAACAUCAGGAACUGGAUGAAAGGCCAAAAUCAACGCUUACUUUCCCUGGGCAGCCUGGCCAAGACAGAAAACCGAAUACAAUCUGCAAUGGCUGUCCUAAAUUCCAAACUGGAAGGAGAAGCUAAGCUGCAGGGCUUGAGGAAGCGUGGUCAGAGUCUGUGUGAACAACAUGAUCUGGAGGAAAGCAAAAGACAAGAGGUUCAGCAGACAGUUGGAGUCUUGGAGGAGGAGUGGAGAAAAGUCCUGCAGACUGCUAAAGAUGUACAGGGUCAGGCUGAGGCAUUAGACAAAGAGCUGAGAGGUUUUGAAAUCCAGAAAGAAAGCACUCAGGUCUGGAUCAAAGCCCAGAAACAACUUCUAGACUCUCACAGGACCCAGACCAAAACUGAGGAGAAACUACAUACUUUACAGACUGUCCUGAGCUCCAGACCAGAAGGAGACUCUAAGGUGCAGGACUUGAAGAGAGAAGGUCAGAGUCUGUGUGAACACCAAGACCUGGAGGAGAGCAGGAGACGAGAGGUCAACCAGACAGUCAGAGAUGUGGAGGAGGAGUGGAGGAGAGUCAUGCAGACUGCUGAGGAGACUCUUACCAAGGCUGAGAUGCAGAGCGCCAUUGAGGGCCAGUUGAGAGAUUUCAUGAACCAGAAAGAGAAUACCAAGGCCUGGGUCCAAGGCCAGUUGAAAGGCCUACACUCUCUGACUAGUGAAGCUAAACCUGAAGACAGACUUCACACAUCACAGGCAAUUCUUAGUUCCAGACCUGAAGGAGACUCUAAGCUUCAGGACUUGAGGAGACAAGGUCAGAGUCUAUGUGAACACCCGGGCCUGGAAGAGAACAGGAGGCGGGAGAUUCAGCAGACAGUCAAAAAUGUGGAGGAGGAGUGGAGAGAAGUUCUAAAGGUUGCAAAAUCAGCUCUGGAUCUGGCAGAGAUGCAGACUGUCCAAGAGAGGGAAAUGAGUGAAUAUGUUACGCAGAAGGGAAACACUCUGGCAUGGGUCCGAGACCACAAACAACGCCUACACUCUCUAGGCAGUCAGUCCCAGAUUGAUGAGAGAAUAAAGGUUGCACAGUCUGUCCUCAGUUCAAUACCAGAGGGAGAGUCUAAGCUACAUGAUUUGAGGAGAUGUGGUCAAACUCUGAGUGAACGCCAGGACCUGGAGGAGAGCAGGAGACGAGAGGUUCAGCAGACAGUCAGAGGUGUGGAGGAGGAGUGGAGGAGAGUCAUGCAGACUGCUGAGGAGACUGUGAGUAUGGCCCAGAUACAGUAUUCUCUGUCUAGGCAGCUAGAGGCCUUCCAUGCUCUGGAGGAGAGCAGCAAAGCCUGGUUCAAAGAGCAGCAGCAGAAGGCACUCUCCCUGGGCACAGGGACCCAGGGCAGCCAGGAACAGAUCCAGGAAAGGCUGCAGAGAGCACAGGCUGUUCUCAGUUCCGGAACUGAGGGUGAAGCUAAGCUGCAGGACUUGAAGAGAGCAAGUCAGAGUCUGUGUGAACAUCAGGACCUGGAGGAGAGCAGGAGACAAGAGGUUGAACAGACAGUCAGAGAUGUGGAGGAGGAGUGGAGAGCAGUUGUGAACAAGGCAGAAGUGGUGAACAGACUGUUGCAGGGUGUGGUGAAGCGCCUGGUAUCUUGUCAGCACCAGAGACAACAGGCCCAGUCACGUCUGUCUGAACUCCAGCACCAGACAGCAGAGCUGCCCUGUCACUUUCCCUGGCCAGGCCUGGGAGACAGGAGGCAGGCUGUGGAGACAGCCAGGACGCUGCUGGAUAAAGUCAGGAACCUGGCUCCAUCCCUCUCUGUCCUCCACAGCCAGGGCAAGGAAAUGUUUCAUCUUACCCAGGACCCCAGCUGGACCGACUCCUCCUGGGCUAGCAUGGAGGAAUGCAUCCCUGUCCUGGUCAAACAACUGACAGAAGCCUGUGCUAGAAUGGAGGAGGGCAUUCACAUUGAGAGGCAUUGUGCCCAGCUAGUGGAGCAGCAUGGAGCAGCCCAGGACUGGCUGAGAGAGCACGUCAAAGGUCUGGGCCCCCUGCCCAAGGACAGACAUGCUCUACACAGCUACGCCAACACCUUGAAGGCUCUGCUCCAGACUGUAGACAGGGAGGAGAGAGAGAUGCGUGAGCUCGACACAGUCCGAGACGCUCUGCUGAGCCACUGCAGCCCUGCCGGCCGGGACACCCUGACCCUCGAGGUCAGCCACCUCAACGACCUACGCACCACUUCGGAGAGGGAGAUCAGAGAGAGGCUGGCAGGCUGCGAGGCCCAUUGGGCCGAACUGGAUGAGAGGAUGGCCAAGAAGGCCCAGGGCCUAAGAGAGAUGGCCAAAGCUUUGCAGUGGGAGCUCCGUUCUCUGGACCAGGCCCUGAGCUACAGUGAGCCACAAAACAACAUAGCCCAGCUUCAGCAGCACUGGCACAGCCUUAAGAACUGUGAUAGAUCAUUGGAAGGUUUAAAUGUGAAAGUUCACGACUUGUGUGAAGCUGCCAGAUCUGCAGCCACCGAGGACGAGCUUCCAACUGAUGUCUUGUCCAUUAUGGAGUCACUGACCCAGCAACACAACAGUCUAAGGACCAGGUUGAAUGAGAGGCAGAGCUGCUGCAGUGAAAACACAACUUGCUGCCUUACAGGCUCCAUCCAGGCUCUGCAGCAGUGGAGUUGCUCAUUUAUCCCACAGACAGCCCUCUCCAUCCAGGCUACGUUGGAUGAGGGUGUGCAGUACCAAAAAGAUCUGAGGGAGGCAUUUUCAAAUAGAGAGUUCCUGGUGGAGUGCCUGAAGCCCGACCAAGCAGACUUCCUUGAGAGAAAUGCUAUUGGAACUCUCAGGGAUGCGGAGACACACAGCGCCUCUCUCAUCAAGACUCUGAUGGGUGUAGGCAUAGCUUCGCCUGUCACAUCAGUCGAAAAAGACAACAACGCAUCUGCACCAACUGCACCACCUAGGAGGACUGACAAGACCAAGCACACUCCCCCCCAGGACAGUCAGCACGAUAAGAAAGAGUCACUACCUACUGUCACAGAGAAAACCAUACCACAGUCACUACCUGUUGUCACAGAGAAGACCAUACCACAGUCACUACCUAUUGUCACAGAGAAGACCAUAACACAGUCACUAUCUACUGUCACAGAGAAGACCAUACCACAGUCACUACCUGUUGUCACAGAGAAGACCAUACCACAGUCACUACCUGUUGUCACAGAGAAAACCAUACCACAGUCACUACCUACUGUCACAGAGAAAACCAUAACACAGUCACUACCUGUUGUCACAGAGAAGACCAUAACACAGUCAUUACCUGAUGUCACAGAGAAGACCAUACCACAGUCACUACCUGCUGUCACAGAGAAAACCAUACCACAGUCACUACCUACUGUCACAGAGAAGACCAUACCACAGUCACUACCUGUUGUCACAGAGAAAACCAUAACAGAGUCACUACCUGUUGUCACAGAGAACACCAUAGCACAGUCCCUACCUGUUGUCACAGAGAACACCAUAACACAGUCACUAUCUGUUAUCACAGAGAACACCAUAACACAGUCACUACCUGUUGUCACAGAGAAGACCAUACCACAGUCACUACCUGUUGUCACAGAGAAGACCAUACCACAGUCACUGCCUACUGUCACAGAGAACACCAUAACACAGUCACUACCUGUUGUCACAGAGAACACCAUAACACAGUCACUACCUGUUGUCACAGAGAAGACCAUACCACAGUCACUACCUGUUGUCACAGAGAAGACCAUACCACAGUCACUACCUACUGUCACAGAGAACACCAUAACACAGUCCCUACCUGUUGUCACAGAGAACACCAUAACACAGUCCCUACCUGUUGUCACAGAGAACACCAUAACACAGUCCCUACCUGUUGUCACAGAGAACACUAUAACACAGUCACUACCUGUUGUCACAGAGAAGACCAUACCACAGUCACUACCUGUUGUCACAGAGAAGACCAUACCACAGUCACUACCUAUUGUCACAGAGAAGACCAUACCACAGUCACUACCUUCUGUCACAGAGAAGACCAUACCACAGUCACCACCUACUGUCACAGAGAAAACCAUAUCACAGUCACUACCUACUGUCACAGAGAAAACCAUACCACAGUCACUACCUGUUGUCACAGAGAAAACCAUAACACAGUCACUACCUGUUGUCACAGAGAACACCAAAACACAGUCCCUACCUACUGUCACAGAGAAGACCAUACCAGAGUCACUACCUGUUGUCACAGAGAAGACCAUACCACAGUCACUACCUGUUGUCACAGAGAAGACCAUAACACAGUCAUUACCUACUGUCACAGAGAAAACCAUACCACAGGCACUACCUACUGUCACAGAUAAAACCAUACCACAGUCACUACCUACUGUCACAGAUAAAACCAUACCACAGUCACUACCUACUGUCACAGAGAAGACCAUACCACAGUCACUACCUGUUGUCACAGAGAAGACCAUAACACAGUCCAUACCUACUGUCACAGAGAAGACCAUAUCACAGUCACUACCUACUGUCACAGAGAAGACCAUACCACAGGCACUACCUACUGUCACAGAUAAAACCAUACCACAGUCACUACCUGUUGUCACAGAGAAAACAAUAUCACAGUCACUACUUGAUGUCACAGAUAAAACCAUACCACAGUCACUACCUACGGUCACAGAGAAGAUCAUACCACAGUCACUACCUGUUGUCACAGAGAAGAACAUACCACAGUCACUACCUGCUGUCACAGAUAAAACCAUACCACAGUCACUACCUGCUGUCACAGAGAAAACCAUAUCACAGUCACUACCUGCUGUCACAGAGAAAACCAUAACACUGUCACUACCUGCUGUCACCGAAGUCAAACAAAAAGCUCCAGCUGUCAUUAACAAGGUGCAAACUGAAGCACAGAGUUCAGAAUCUCUAAUGGCAAUAAAACUAGCAAAGGGGAAUGCAACUGCAGUAGAGUCGAAACAUAGUGAGAUAGUGACUGUGAAAACCCUGAAGACAGCGAGAACCUCGACCAUCAUUCAACUGUCUGAGGUCAAAAAUCAAUUGGUUGAUGCCUUAAAAACAGUCAAGGAACAUGGGGAUGGUCAAUUCCAAAAAAGUGAAAAUCUGACUGUUAAGCUGGCCAAUCAUGGAGCUGACCAGAAAGUGCAGGGUCUUGAUGAGGAGACAUCCCUAGUGGAUGCUCUACCAUCACAGCAUGCUUCUGUUUUUGACACUGAAACUGACCAAGUGUUUAUAAAGACUCCAGAUGUGGGGCCUCUAACUAGCAUUGUCAAUGCACCUAUCAUAUCCUCUGUAAUGUAUGGUAUCACGCCUAACACAGACAAUAAGUUACUCACUACCUCAGGAUAUUCAGACUCAACGUCUGUCAACCUCUCCUGUCACAGUCCACAACAGACAAAAUCACAAAGCUCCACAGUAAGACCCAGUGAAGACCCUGUGCUAAAGUUUCCACUGUUUCUGCCAGACGGAACUGUAGAGAACCAGGUCAAGUAUAAUGCUAAAGAGCUAUUGAAGGACAACAGCACUGAGACUGAACAACGAUUCCUGGUACUGGACAUACCUGAUGUGGCUGAGCCGGCAGUUUUUGCCUCUGUCCAAACAGAUGUCAAAGCACCGUCCCCAUCCACACCACUUCGCACCAAGAGGAGAGCCAAGAGCAAGAAGUCUCCCACCCAGGCUCCUUUGCUCCAGCCCUGCGACACACAGACUGACAAAGCUGAGGAGAACCAGGUAAAGUGUUACACUGAAGAGUUAGAGAAGGACAAGGCUGAAACUGAACAACGAUACAUGGUGCAGGACAAGCCUACGGAGGACAAUGUGGCUGUACCUCCUGCUAUCAUCUCAAUCCAGACUAAAGACAAAGAAAAAGCACAAUCCCCAUCAACACCACCUCGUACCAAGAGGAGAACCAAGAGCAAGCAUGCUUCUACCCAGGCUCCUUUGCCCCUGCCCUCUGACAAACAGACUGACAAAGCUAUGGAGAAUCCAGUCAAGUGUUACACUGAAGAGUUAUGUAAGGACAAGCCUCAAACUGAACAACGGUACAUUAUCCUAGACUUGCCCACAGUGAGUGAUGCUGAGAAAAUGUCAGUUGGGAAAAAGGACCAACAAAAAUCACCAACAUCACCAUCUGCAUCACCUCUAAUGUCUGAGGGAUGUGAACCGAAGGCUGAUGUGGCUUUGUCCCCUGCUGUCAUCUCUAUCAAGUCCGAAGUCAAAUCCAAAAUCCCAUCAACACCACCUCGGACCAAGAGGAGAGCUAAGAGCAAACAGGAUGGACAGAAUUCAAAGCCACAGUUGCUUAACCCGGUCACAGAGAACACUAUACCACAGUCACUAACCCCUGUCACAGAGAAAACCACACCACAGUCACAAACCCCCAUCACAGAGAAAACCACACCACAGUCACUAACCGCCAUCACAGAGAAAACCACACCACAGUCACUAACCCCCAUCACAGAGAAAACCACACCACAGUCACUAACCCCCAUCACAGAGAAAACCACACCACAGUCACUAACCCCCAUCACAGAGAAAACCACACCACAGUCACAAACCCCCAUCACAGAGAAGACUAUACCCCAGUCACUAACCCCCAUCACAGAGAAAACCACAUUACAGGCACUACCUGCUGCCACAGAGAAAACUAAACCACAAUCACUACCAGCUGUCACAGAUAUAACCAUACCUCCGUUAGUACCUGCUGUCACAGAGAAAACCAUACCAGGCAAACAAGAUGCUGUCUCUAAACCAGAUGGCAAGUUAAUUGAUUCUGAUCAAACCAGUCGCACAAAGACUCUAAUCACCAAGACAGGGCAGUCAGAGAAAGCAGAAAUAUUGUGGAAUGAAAUUGACAUAUCUCAGCCAGUGGUUGGCAAAGCCAGCCUUCCAGGGAUUCAAGCUGAACCCUCCAAAGCAACAAGGGACCAAUCCGUUGAUGAUGAAGGAAAGGUAACCUGUGAAGAGGAUGCUAAAGACUGGGAUACCGAACAUGACCAAUGUCAGACAUCAGAGAGUGUGACUGAAGCAACACUAAACCUGGAGAUGACUGCCCAACCAGACAGAAAACCGUAUGCUGUAACUGAAAGUGAGAAGCAAUCAUUGACUGGAAAAACACCAAAGAAAGUUUCCCAACCAGUCAAACAACAAGAUGCUACAUCUCCAACAGUUAUCACCACAUAUGAAGAAAAGGAGAGCAACACUAAAGGCCACCCUGUGUUCAACGUGGCCAAAGUAGACAAACAACAGACAGAUGUUCUAGGACUGGACAAGCCUACGGAGGACAAUGUGGCUGUACCUCCUGCUAUCAUCUCAAUCCAGACUGAAGACAAAGAAAAAGCACAAUCCCCAUCAACACCACCUCGUACCAAGAGGAGAGCCAAGAGCAAGCAUGCUUCUACCCAGGCUCCUUUGCCCCUGCCCUCUGACAAACAGACUGACAAAGCUAUGGAGAAUCCAGUCAAGUGUUACACUGAAGAGUUAUGUAAGGACAAGCCUCAAACUGAACAACGGUACAUUAUCCUAGACUUGCCCACAGUGAGUGAUGCUGAGAUAAUGUCAGUUGGGAAAAAGGACCAACAAAAAUCACCAACACCACCAUCACCAUCUGCAUCACCUCUAAUGUCUGAGGGAUGUGAACCGAAGGCUGAUGUGGCUUUGUCCCCUGCUGUCAUCUCUAUCAAGUCCGAAGUCAAAUCCAAAAUCCCAUCAACACCACCUCGGACCAAGAGAGCUAAGAGCAAACAGACUCCCCCCCAGGAUGGCCAGCAUGCUAAGUCAGAGUUGCUACCUCCUGGGACAGAGAAAACCACAACAAAGUUACUAACCCAUGUCACAGAGAAGAACAUACCACAGUCACUACCUGUUGUCACAGAGAAGAACAUACCACAGUCACUACCUGUUGUCACAGAGAAGAACAUACCACAGUCACUACCUGUUGUCACAGAGAAGACCAUACCACAGUCACUACCUGUUGUCACAGAGAAGACCAUAACACAGUCAUUACCUACUGUCACAGAGAAAACCAAACCACAGGCACUACCUACUGUCACAGAUAAAACCAUACCACAGUCACUACCUACUGUCACAGAGAAGACCAUACCAGAGUCACUACCUGUUGUCACAGAGAAUACCAUAACACAGUCCAUACCUACUGUCACAGAGAAGACCAUAUCACAGUCACUACCUACUGUCACAGAGAAAACCAUACCACAGUCACUACCUGCUGUCACAGAGAAAACCAUACCACAGUCACUACCUGCUGUCACAGAGAAAACCAUACUACAGUCACCACCUGCUGUCACAGAGAAAACAAUACCACAGCCACUAACCCCUGUUACCGAGAAAAGCAUACUACAGUCACUACCUGCUGUCACAGAGAACAUUAUACCUGGCAUGCAAGAUGCUAUCACUAAACCAAAUAGCAAGGUAAUUGUUUGUGAUCAAAGCAGUACAACAAAGACACAUGUCACUAAGACAGGGCGGUCAGAGAAAGCAGAAACCAUAUGGACUGAAAUUGACAUAUCUCAGCCAGUGGUUGGCAAAGCCAGCCUUCCAGAGAUUCAAGCUGAACCCUCCAAAGCAACAAGGGACCAAUCCGUUGAUGAUGAAGGAAAGGUAACCUGUGAAGAGGAUGCUAAAGACUGGGAUACCGAACAUGACCAAUGUCAGACAUCAGAGAGUGUGACUGAAGCAACACUAAACCUGGAGAUGACUGCCCAACCAGACAGAAAACCGUAUGCUGUAACUGAAAGUGAGAAACAAUCAUUGAGUGGAAAAAUACCAAAGAAAUGUGCCCAACCAGUCAAACAACAAGAUGCUACAUCUCCAACAGUUAUCACCACAUAUGAAGAAAAGGAGAGCAACACUAAAGGCAAGCCUGUGUUCAACGUGGCCAAAGUAGACAAACUACAGACUGAUGAAGUGGAGCCAAAGACCAAGGAACUCAAGCAGACUGAUCUGGGACCACAGCAUGUUGCUAUGGUUACAUGCAGUACAGAGAGCAGUGAUUUCCUAUGGGAGACCGAAACCCUGGCCCGUGUUGUGAAGAAAGAGAUACCAGCAUUACCAGAAGGACCGACCAUGCAGAACGUCUUCUCUGAAAUCCAGCGCAUGUCAGAGAGUGGACCAUAUUGCCUUCAGAUUGUGAUUAAGCCUCGACAGGAAGCCAUGAUGGUUCUAAAAAUGCUGCAGGUUGACUUGCAGGCUCGUUUGGGCAGACUGGAGGUCAAGGCGCUGGGAUGCAGAUAUCGCCCUGCCGACCUCAGCCCUUCAGCCAUGGCCCUGCAGGUGGCGGAGUCCGAGGAGUGCAGACAGGCCGCGCAGAACCUGGUGUCCAUGUUCUCUCAGCCUAGCGAGGCACAGACUGCAAACCGGGAGGCCUUUGAGCAUAUGGAGGGCCAGUUGGAUGCCGUAGUGCGGGAUGCCUCGGAUGCCGUCCACUGUAAGGAGACCCAGUUGCAGCUGGUCACUGAGAUGGCCCGGCACACACGGACGGCCAACGCCACUCUGGAGAAACUGGCUGCAGAGUUAGAGGCUCUGACAAUAUCUCCAUCGGAGAACAGCUCAGUUGAGGCAGAUGGGCUGCGUUCCUUCAUGCAGGGUAUGGAGGAGGACAGGACUGUCCUGGGAGAACUGAUUUUCACACUCACCAAGCUGUCACCGCACCUCAAUCAGGCAGAGCGAGAAGCUGCAAAGAUCCAGCAAAGAGGUCUUCAGGAUGAAUGGAGAUCACUGCAGAGAACUGCAGAAAAAACCUUCCACUGUGUCAAUACCCAUGCCAGUGAAACCAGUAGCCUUCUCUCAGAAAUAUCCUCCCUUCAUGACCAACUGGAGACCAUAGGAAAGGCUCUUGGCUCACUGCAGUCCCCUAAAGUCCUGUGGGACAGCAAGAGAGCUCAGGAGCUGAUGAUGGUGAACGCUGAGAUGACUGCAGCCAAGCAAACUUACAUCCACCUGCAGCAGUGCUCAGAGGCUCUGGCCCACAGCUCCCAGUGGAAGAAGGACACAAAGCAGAUAGAACAGAGGCUCCAGCACAUCAAGGAACAGUUGGAUAUUGUAGGAGAGCAGAUGUCCUCUCAGACGCCCAGCAGCAACAACCCAAUCAUGAGUAAGAUUCACAAGGUAAUGAUGGAGGCUUUUGCUUGGGCCAAGCAGACAGAGAGUGAUAUUGAGUGGCGAAGGAGGAAGGUGGCCCUUCUCCCUGAGGGGGUCCACCGGCAGAUCAAAGACCUGAAGAAGCUGCAGGGGGAGAUGGCCACAAAGCAGGCCCAGCUAGAGGCCCUGGUUGUUGAGGUAGAGGAGUUGCUCCCAGAGCUUGACCAGGCUGAUGAGGUCCCCAUGGUGCACUCCUCUCUGGUCAGCCUGGAGAAUCUAUCCAGGUCCACCACAGAGAAGCUAGCAAGGGCUGUAAGGGAGAUGGAGUCAGGCCUGCAGGUCAGAGAGAAGAUGUCAGAGCAGAUUGCCGACCUGGACUCCUGGGUUCUGGUUCACCUCUGCAGAAAGGCUUUAAAGAAAGGAGAGGUGGAGGGCCAGACUUCUAAAGACCUGGAUCGUCGGAUCAGGCAGAUUCAGGAGACCCUGGGGGAGGCAGAGAAACAGGUUGCCAUUUCCGAGGCUCUUUUCAUGUGGAGCAGAGAUGUUGCCUCUGAACUCACUGUCACGGAGAACUUGCUUCUCUAUGACAAACUCACAAAACUCCAGGAGGACAUAAAAUCCCUCAUCACCUAUGAGAAAGCCAACCAGCAGGAACUGGAGGACCUUCUUCAGACUCAUGAUGCAGCUAAACAGAAAGUGACCAUGGUAGAGAAGAGCCUGAGAGAAAUGCAGGUGGACCUGACCAGACACAGGUUCCCAGUCACCUACGAGUCUCUGAGCUCCAUAGUGACUUUUAAACACCUGAUAGUAGAGCACAAGUACCAUGUGGACCAGCUGCAGUCCUGCAUCCCUGAGAAAAAGAAACAAGAGCUGCUGUGUGUCAUCUCCGAGCUGCACCGCAAAAUGAGCAUGUUGGAUGUCAAGGCUAGAGAACACAAGAGGUACCUACAUUUCAGGCAGUAUGUGGAGAACCUUAUGGAAAAUGUGGAGAAACAGGUCCUCCAGACUAAGGAGGAUAACAGGGGUGAGGUGGAGAGGUACAAGACCUGUCAGGUCAUACUCAACCAACUCCCUCUGAUGAAGAAACUGUGUGAGGAGGCUGCCGAUGAGUUGCAGAACAUCUUGCAGGAUCUCUAUCCCUCCCAGCUGACGGUAGAACAGGGGAGACUCCAGCAGAACCUGUUGAGCCUCCACACCUGGGAGAUGACUGUGACUAACAACCUCCAGAUCCUGGAGUGGGGACUGCUAAAGGAGGUGCACCUCCAAUCCGAACAUAGGGCUGUGCUGAUCUUUCUCAGUGACAUCCAGCGCGAGCUGGGGCAGCGACCCCAAGUGGAGCCCACAAUGGAGGCAGUUGACAAGGAGCACAGGAGAAUUGUGAUCCUGCAGAAAAUUCUGGAGAAUAGACUGAGGGUGUUAGAGAUUCUGGAGAACAAGAAAGGAACUGGGCAGAAGGUUCAAUCUAAGGAGUAUACUGAACUUAUGGAUUUGAAAAAAGCUGUUCUGAACGAAUUUGAUUUACAAAUGGAGAGCAUUUCUCAGGCUCGGGUCUCUUUGAGAGACUAUACUGGAACAGUGAGUGGGGCCGUACGGUUCCUCCAGGAAGCUGAGGGCAUGCUUCUUCCCUCUCUGGGGUCAGUUGGCGGUUGUCCUGAGAGGCUGAGGGACAUUCAACAGGCCCUGGUCUCCAUGAAAGAGCAGCUACACUCCCACAUCAGCCAACUCGAGACCAUGGUCCCCCAGCAUGACUACCUCUGCCCCCAGAUGGUGGAGUGUCUCCAGGGGGAGGUCCUGAGCCAGGUCCUGGUACGGAUGUCCACUCUACAAGCCCAGGCCCAGCUGAGACUGGAGGCCCUGCAGAGGUGUGCUGAGUAUUGCAAAAGAUUUAGGAGGAGCCAUGAUGAGAUAUGCCAGAGAGUGAAGAAUGCAGAGACCCGUCUCUCCAACAUUCUCUCUUGCAAAGUCACAUGCCUUAACGACUGCACUGACCAGCAAGUCAUUGUCAAGACUCUGUCUGAGGAGGUGGAUUCUGUGACUGGGCUUCUGAAGAGCUUGCAUGAGUGGUGCCCAGAGCAGGAUUGCCGUUGCCGAAGGGUGGGGGUGGUGAGCGCCCUCUGGAGGGAAGUAGCCAGACUGCAGUGUUGCACCCGUGACCUGAAGACCCGCUCAGAGCAGAGGACAGCUGAAUGGAUUGACAUAACAAGCAGUGUGGAGCACGCGGCCAUCGUGAUGGAACAGGUGGAGGCUGAGCUGCCGGACUGCUCCAGGGAGAAGGUGUGUGGGGAGGAGCUGCAGGAGCUGCUGCUGCACUGGGAGCAGUACCAGGACAGGCUGGACUGUGAGCACCGUGCUCUCUCCGCCCUCGAGCUCCGCAUCGCCAGACUGCUGGGUGUCCCCGCCCACCAGGAACAGGCCCCUCUCGCCCCGCUGUGCCAGCAGCUGCAGGCCAUUCAGCAACGCUACGGCAGUUUGAAGGAGAAGAGCGUGCAAAGGCGGGGUGUGGUUCGGACUGAGGUGGAGGACAGGGAUAAGGUGAGGGAGGAGCUGAGUGGGGUGAAGGCGUGGCUUGUGGCUGCAGACCACCUACUGUCACAGCUGGAACAGAGUCCCAGCACACAGGAGCUACAGGAGGUCCACUCCCAGCUGGGUAACCAGCAAGCUGUUCUGCAGCGCAUCAUGGAGGGCCUGAGGAUGAAGUACUCUGACAUGUACACCCUCGUUCCUGUGGAAAUAGAUGGACCACUACAGGAAGUAACACAUUCACUUCAGGAAGUAGAGGAGAAGGUACGGGUAGUCAUGGAGAAGAGCGGUCCUCUCUACAGACUUGGAGCCAAGCUGUCUUCAAUUAAGGCUGGUCUGGAAUCAGUGCAAAAUAAACUGCAGCAGAGAAGCCACUCUUUGUUGGAGGCAGAGAGCAUACAGAAGAUUGUGUGGGACGAACUAGACAUCUGGCACUCCCGUGUGGCAGCACUGGAGGUGGAGGUUCAGGAUUUGGAGCAGGCUGAGGAGGCCCAGGUCCUCAUGGAGAGUCUGGUGGAUAACCAGGUUCUCCACUCACACAUGGCCAAGCAGGCAGAGCAGAGGACUGCCUUUCUCAGCAAGAUCCGCAAAUGGUUUCAGGAGCAUGAAGAGAUGAUCAACAGCUCCAACAGUUGGCUGUCUGAGGCUCAGUCUUGGCUAACUACCCCCUGUACCUACACUACAGCCAAAGAUUUAGCCAGCUAUGUCCAUGCUCUACAGAUGGUGCUGGAUGACUCUCAGCACAUCCGCAUCACCCUGCAGGGGUUCGUGUCCGUGCUGGAGGCCAUCUCCCCGGUGUGUGACAUCACCGGGCAGCGGGAGCAGCUGGCCGAGGCUGACCGCCGGGUGUCCGACAUGCAGCAGAGCUUUGUGGCUCCGCUCUCCCUGCUCCAACACGCCGCCGCCGAGGUGGAUGCCAUAGAGACUGAGGUGAAAACAAUGGAAAAGGAUGUGACUGAGAUCAGGAUGUUGUUAUCUUCCCCCAACACUCUCCCCGGACCCAGAGAGGAGAGGCUGAACGUGUGUGUGAACCGGAUCCAGUCUAUGGGAACGGUCAUUCAGGAGAUCCAGAGCUGUAAGCCAGGCCUGUGUCUGCCAGAGAAGGCUGAGGACACCCUGACAGUCUUCCAGAGUGUGGACCAGCUCCAACAACAACUACAGCAGCUGAAAGAGAUGAUCCCAGCGGAUUUUAUAGUGAAGAAAGGGACGUCGACUGUUCCCUCACCUAGCCCAACACCACCCAUCUCUCUCUCGGAGGAGGCCUCCACACCUAGCCCAACACCACCCAUCUCUCUCUCAGAGGAGGCCUCCACACCUAGCCCAGCACCACCCACCUCUCUCUUGGAGGAGGCCUCCGCACCUAGCCCAACACCACCCAUUUCUCUGUCGGAGGAGGCCUCCACACCUAGCCCAGCACCACCCAUCUCUCUCUUGGAGGAGGCCUCCACACCUAGCCCAGCACCACCCAUCUCUCUCUCAGAGGAGGCCUCCGCACCUAGCCCAACACCACCCACUUCUCUUCCUGAGAUGGCUUGUGUGCCUAGCCCAACAACACCCACCUCUUUUCCAGAGGUGGCUUCUACACCUAGUCAAACACCACCCACCUCUCUCUCGGAGGAGGCCUCCACACCUAGCCCAACACCACCCAUCUCUCUCUUGGAGGAGGCCUCCACACCUAGCCCAACACCACCCACUUCUCUCCCAGAGGUGGAUUCUUCAACUAGUCCAACACCACCCACCCCUAUCCCAGAGAUGGAUUCUACACCUAGCCCAACACCACCUACUCUCCCAGAGAUGGAUUCUACACCUAGUCAAACACCACCCACCUCUCUCCCAGAGAUGGAUUCUACAACUAGCCCAACACCACCCACUACUCUUCCAGAGAUGACUUCUGUGCCUUGCCCAAAAACACCCACCUCUUUUCCGGAGAUGGCUUCUGUGCCUAGCCCAACAACACCCAACCCUCUUCCGGAGAUGGCUUCAGUGUUUAGCCCAACACUACCCACCCCUCUCCCAGAGAUUUCUUCUGCGCCUAGCCAAACACCAUCAACCUCUCUUUCAGAGAUGGAUUCUACAACUAGCCCAAAACGAACCACCCCUCUAACAAAGAUCUAUUCUGAGCUUAGCCCAAAAUCAUCCACCUCUUUAUUAGAGAUGGCUACUGCGCCUAGCCAAACUCCACCCACCUCUCUCCCUGAGAUGGCUUCUGCGCGUAGCCUAACUCUACCCACCUCUCUCCCAGAGAUGGAAUCUACACCUAGUCCAACACCACCCACCCAUCUCCCAGAGAUGGAUUCUACAUCUAGCCCAACACCACCCACCUCCCUCCCAGAGAUGAAUUCUGCAUCUAGUCCAACACCAUCCACCUCUCUACCAGAAAUGGAAUCUAUACCUAGCCCAACACCACCCAGUCCUCUCCCAGAGUUGGAAUCUACACCUAACCCAACACCACCCACCCAUCUCCCAGAGAUGGAUUCUACAUCUAGCCCAACACCACCCACCUCCCUCCCAGAGAUGAAUUCUGCAUCUAGCCCAACACCACCCACCUCUCUACCAGAAAUGGAAUCUAUACCUAGCCCAACACCACCCAGUCCUCUCCCAGAGUUGGAAUCUACACCUAACCCAACACCACCCACUGCUCUCCCAGAGAUGGAUUCUACACCUAGCCCAACACCACCCACCCCUCUCCCAGAGAUGGAUUCUACACCUCGCCCAACGCCACCAAUCUCUUUGUCAGAGGAGGAUUCGACACCUAGUGCUGUUGCAGUUAUAUUUUCCACAGAGAAAAAUGAUGUGCCCAGCUCAACAACACUAGCCACUUUGGAAGCUGAGGAGAACGAAGUGAAACAGGCUCAGGUCCAUGUGCUCCACGUGGAAGAGGACAUGCUGAAUCAGUCUGGAGCUUCACUGAUGACCAUGGAGGAGGUUUCUCCUGAACAGAGACUCAACUGGGGAACUGAGAAGAGUCAGGAGUCCAGGGGUGUGGAGGAGGAGGAGGAGGAAGAGGAAAAGGAGAAGAAAGAGGAUGAAGGGAGAGGAGGCUAUCUAUGGUGGCUGUGGGAGACUGUGUGGGGCAGAGCCUUAGAGGACCCAGAGGUUGCAGUCAGAGAGGUGCAGGCUGAAGCAGCAGGAGGAAGCACAACUACAGCCAUGGAACCGAACCAGAGUCAGGACACACCUGAACAGGACCUCAAAGUAGUGCUCACCUCGGGAACAAGUGUGUCCGAAGCUUUAUCAAAACCUCUGGGCACAGUCAGAACACAGUCUCUGUCUGAAAGCAUGGAGCUCAUGGGACAGAUGGGGCUUGCAUGGAGGGGGGAAAACAGGCACCCAGAGGGGCUGAAGACACACGUCCGAGACACUCACACACUCCCUGGGGGAUUGCCUGCUGAACACACACUCACAGAGGAUGCACACACACGUCCUGUGUUCACAGUGGGCUCACAUGUCCCCAAAUACAUCCGUAGUGCAUCUCCAGUCCCCGUCCCUCCCAGGAGGCUGUCAGAGGUGUACUCUGACCUGGUGGAACAUGAGGUUGAGUGCCCCUCUGAGAAGGUUCUGGCUGUUCCAGAAGAGAGACCCACAUUGCCCUUUCUCAUGCCCAGAGUGAUAGGGUCGCUCACAGCACAUUCCGGGCCUCUAGAGAUGGCACUCAAUGUGUUCAGUGGCUCGACACACAUAGCCUCUAGUCUCAAACACCAGACAGAUGUGCCAGCAGAGGCCCCUUCCCAUUUCACCACCCCCACCACACCCUUGGGUGUGGUCAGCACACACACCACCCCCCUGACCACAUUUACACGCAGCCCACAGGACUCUGGGUCUGUGCAUCCAGCAGCAGGAUGGGCCCCGGGGAAGUCCACAGCCCUGGCCUUGACCGGACCCUGUCCCACUCUGGGGGUGCUCCAUGCCUGCCGUGAGCGGGCCACCCAGCUGGAAGUUUGGCUGGAGAGAGCCCAGGAUAGCCUCAGACUGGCCGAGCGGGACACCACCACCCGCAUGCAGGAGAGGGUAGAGCAGCAACUCCUCAUGUGCCAGGAGAUGUACCUUGAGAUAGAGCAGAAGGUGGCCGACCUGUCUGUGCUGGGACAGCAGGAGGCCUCAGUAGGGUCCCACCAGGAGGCCGAGGCUCUUUCCUCCAAACUGGAGAUGCUGAAGACCAGGCUGGUCACCUUUCAGCUGCUUCUGCAAGAGAAACAGAGCCAGGAGCAGGUCCCAACACCAUCACUGUCUUCACCCAGAAGGCCACCACUAGAGGGCAAACUGCAGCGUAGCGCCAGCGUCCAGGAGAUGUUUUCCUCCUCGAGAAGCAAACUAUUUAGACAGACCAGCUUUCAGCAGCAGAAGGAAUUGGAGCAGGAGCUGAAUGAACAGAGAGACCUGACCAAAGCCAUCGCCCAGCAGGGGAGUAGAGGUCGUAUCCACAGCCAGACACAAGAGGAUCAAGCCAAGAUAUCUUUAGGAGUUCCUGUUGAGUUGGACAGUGAGGGGGAGACAGCGGCCCAAGAAAAGUGGACUCACCUACACAACCGACUUCUGGCCUUAGAGGAGACUGUACAGAAAGGUUCUUCUGAUGUGACCGACUUUCCUGUGAGUUGGAGUCACAGAACAGCUUGUGGUGUUAUUGACCCCCGCAGCUUGCAGGAUGUGCAGGCACACAUCAGUCGGUUGAGAGAGCUGGGCCAGGCAGCCAGGGAGGUGGUGGCUUCGGCGGUGCCACCUGAGAAAGUGGACCUGAAGCUGGACGGGGGUCUAUUUCAAGUGCUGUGGGGAGUGGGCCUGACUCUGUCCUCUCUGACCCAUCUUCUGGAGCUGCCUCUUGGGCAGUCAUGUGAGGACACAGAGCUGCUACAGUUAGAGACUCUGUCCACAGAGCUGGUGACCCUGGGAAGAGAGCUGAGCUCCCAGGGGUCAGAGGUUAUCAGUGUCCUGGGGUCUGAUAGAGGUGACGCCUGUGUGCAUCACCUGGGUAAACUCCUGCGAGUGGUUCUGAACAAUGUUUCUGCCAGGCAGAAACAGCUGCAGGCCCAGGUGGAGAAGACGGGCCAUGAGCAGACAAUCUUAGCAGAAUUGCAUGCAGCCUGUCUUGCUAAUGAGUUGGCCUUACACAGAAUUACUAACGAAGCUGUCCCUCAAGACGCUUGUGAUCAACUACAGUCUGUGGUGUUGAUCCAGGGAGACCUGCUGGUCCAGUUCAGCCAGGUGUCGUUCCUGCAGCAGGAGGCAGAGAGACAGGGUCUUCCGUCCACACUCACACAGGAGGCCACCAAGCUGGAGAGAGCGUUAGGCUCCGUGGGGGCCAGGUGCGUGGAGCUGAGGGCUAGUGUGGAUCUCCAAGACCAGUUUGAGAGGCUGCUGCGUGGCCUGGGGGGACUGGUCAUCCUUGGCACAGAUCGCCUGUCACAGAGGCCUGGUCUGAAGCUCCACACCAGGACUGAACUACACAACUACAUCAGCAGACACUCAAAGUUCUUCCAGUUCCUUGGGAUUCACCUUGGGACCCUGCAUCACCUGUCUCUGAGAAUCCCUGAGAGCGCCCUCCAAAAGCGGGUGGGCUCUCUGAAGCACCUCCAGGAGGAGGUGUCCCAGCUCCAGAAGCAGGCCCUGGAGGAAGGCACGUGGAUGCUGCGGACAUUACAGAUGUGGACCCAGUGGGAGGCGGCGUGGGCCCAUUUGGACAGCCUGCUAGUGGAUGUGGAAGCUGGUCUGCCCAGCAUACACCUGGAGGAGGACUCAGAGGAGCAGAUUCGCGAGAAGCUCUCUGUCUACCAGAAAAUGAAAAGAGUCUUGGAUGAGAGCAGGCCAAGGCUUAUCCAGGUGCAGGUGCUUGGGAAGAGGCUGCAGGAGGAGGGCUACAAACGGGUGGAUGCGUCCGGCCGUGCCCUGGAGGCUCGCUGGACAAGCCUUCUCUGGAGAUUGGAGAAGACACCAGCCACUACAGACAGGAGCAGGAAACUGUUGAGCAGAUUUUCCCAUGACUCUUUGGCAUUGAGUGAGUGGAUCACAGGGGCCAGGAAAUGCAUAAACAUGAUAUUCACUCUCACAGCAAAUCAGGAGCAAAAUCUUGACCAUAUACGCGCCUGCUUCAACCAAUAUAUGGACUUAACCAAAGCGCUGGAGGUUAGGACCACUCAGAAGACCUCUGUGAUCACCACAGGAAUGCAGCUGCAGCAGCUGAGAGAAGCAGAGAGCCCUGCAGAAUUCUGUUCAAUAGACACCCAGCUCAGACAGAUGGAACAGGACUGGGCUGACAUGCGUGCUGAUAUACCCGCUGUCCUACAGAGUCUGCAUCAGUUGUUGAUGGAGAGGCUCUCCCCACUGGGGGCCAUGACAGAACUGCUGACCUGGAUAGGUGAGACUGAAGCCAGGCUAGAGGAGCAGAGGGACAGGAUCCAAACCGCCUUGAACAGCGCUGACCUCACCCAACUCCUUCAGAGCUACAAGGAAUGUGAUGCUAAGAUGGCGGUACACCAGCUCACAGUAGACUACGUCAACCAGGCAGCGUUCCAGAUGAUCACAGGGAGAUACGAGUGCAUACACUAUGCCGAGGAGCUGGGUGCUCUGAACCACCGCUGGCUCAGCCUACAGAGAACCCUCAACAACCUGAACCGGGAAGUGGACGAGGAGCUGAGGAUGUGUUCAGAGAGAGAGGUCACCCUGCAGAACCACCACAACUGGAUCAGAAGUCAGAGAGAGUGGAUGGGCUCAGCCCAGAGGCCUGUUAGUCUGUCAGGGGUAGAGAAGUGCUUGACAACCUGCGAGGGUCUGAAGGAGAAUGUAUUUCGAAAUAUCUCAGCACUUCAAGACUUGAAAGAAAAAUACAGGAGAGAAAAAGAGGAAGGAACUUCUGCUUUCCUCACUCAGACAGAUGAGUUAAUCAAAGCCUGUGCAGAUAUCACUGAAGAAAACACCGCUCUGGAACAGAGACUAAAGAAGGUGUUGGAGGUCUGGGCAGGUUUUGACAAAGGGCUGAACGAUGUGAUGCUGACUACCAUGAAGACCAGUCAGGCUGUAGAAUACAUCUGCUUCCCUCAGCUUUCUCUUCAUGCCCUGCAAGGACUUCAUGAUGAGCUGCAGUGUCUAAGGAAGGAGACUGUGGGGUGUGUCUCUCAGUGGGCCUGUCUGGGCCAAAAUCUCUCCAUCCUCAGAGACAUGAUCAGUCCCACCACCCUCAACCUCAUGUCUGAGCAACUGGACCGAGAAAGAGCCAGGUGGACCAAGGUGAACAGUGAGCUGGAGGAUAACCUUCUGAGAAGCCAGACUCUGCUCCAGGUUUGGGAGGACUAUUCCCAGCUCUCUGUGCCUUUCUCCGAACGUCUGCAAACCCUGAGGGGUGACGUCACAGCUCUGAUGAGCAGACCACCCGGUCAGGCCAGGACUGCCCAGCUGGUUGCUGCCCAGAUGCAGGGCGCCCAGAGCCUGCAGGGGAGAGCGGACUGUUUACAGGCUGACUUGGAAAGGGUGCUAGACGCCUCUAAGGAACUCAGUGGACUAAUGGAACCCUCUGCUGCCAUCUACAUCCAAUCAGAGAGGCACCUAUUGACCCGUGGUGUUCUACAUCUUAACCAGGCUCUGGCUGAUCAGCUUGGUCAACUGCAGGAAGAGGGUGAGCAGCUACAGGAGUUUGAGAGUGUCUUGGCAUCCCUUGAGAAACACCUCGAGGCCUGGGAGGGGAGACUGAAAGACGCCACUGUGUCUCCACCCGUAUCCAAGAUGGCUCUGUUGGAGCUCGCUGGUUUCUCUCCUGACCUGGACGUGCUGAAUGAGCUGAGCUUCAGACUGUCCCUCAGUGACCCCGUCACCCACAGACUACAGAGCCUCAACAGAAGCUGGGCUCAGGCCUCUGCCCGUGCUGUAGACACCUGCAGUGAAUUGCAGACAGAGGCACUGAGGCGGCAGAGUUUUCAGGAGAAGUGUGAGAGCUGGACGGACUUCCUACAGACGAUGGACGACAGCCUGGCAGUAGAACUGGCUAGCACCUACGCCGGCCUGAGGGAGCAGCUACGCACACACCAGAGGUUCCAGUUAGAGAUGUCCAUUGGGCAUCAGAUCCUGCACGCGGUCAUCAACGAUGCUCUGCAUCUGCUGCAGAGGGGAGAUGUUGAUGACAGGACGGACUUCAUCCUGAAGCUGGCCCAGCUGAGGGAGCACUGGCAGGGGGCGGUUCAGAGGGCAGAUCAGAGGCGCUCUCUGGUGGAGGGGCUGGUCAAACACUGGCACCUCUAUCAUUGCAACCUCAGGAAGCUCCAGAGGUUUGUUGCAGACGCCCUGGCCCUCCUGCCUCUUACUGGUCCAGCCCAAUGCAGCGUGCAGCAUCUCCAACACUCGCUCCAUGACCUAAAGCACACAGAGCUGCUGUUCCAGAGAUACCAGUGCAGCUACAUCCAGACCUUGGAGCUGGGCCGCCAGCUCUUCUCCAUGGGGGAUGAGCAGACCCAGACACAGCUACAGAACGAGCUGGCUACCCUGCAGGACAACUGGAAGAACCUACAAGGCCUGCUAGGAAAGAGGAAGGACCUCACAGACCUCAUCAUUCAGAACUGGGACCACUGCCAGACCAGACUAGCAGCUAGCAUGCAGCAGUUGGACACCAUUAAGACCGGACUAAAGCAGUCAAUCCCAGAACGCAAUGAUGAGCUCCAAGUUACAGAGAAACAAAUUAAGGAGGCUAAGAACUCCCUGGAUGACUGGGCGGAGAGCCUGACCGAGCUGGCCACCAUGAAGACGGACCUGUCCCAGUACAUUAUCGCCGACGACGUGCUGCUACUCCAAGAGCAGGUGGAGCACCUCCACUGUGAAUGGGAGGACCUCUGUCUCAAGGUCUCCCUCCGCAAACAAGAGAUAGCAGACCGUCUCAAUGCUUGGAUCAUCUUCAAUGACAAGAACAAGGAGCUUUGUGAAUGGCUGACUCAGAUGGAGAACAAGGUGGACCACAAUGCUGACCUCAGCAUUGAGGAGAUGGUGGAGAAACUGAAGAAGGACUGUAUGGAGGAGAUCAACCUGUUCAGUGAAAAUAAGACUCACCUGAAACAACUUGGAGAGCAGCUCAUCACCGCUAGCAACAAGACCAAGGAGACCGAGGUCAACGACAAGCUGAAAGACAUCAAUGAUCGGUGGCAGCACCUGUUUGACCACAUAGAGGCAAGGGUGAGGAAGCUGAAGGAGACCCUGGUGACAGUGCAGCAGUUGGACAAGAACAUGAGCAACCUGCGGACGUGGCUGUCCCGGAUGGAGGCCGAGCUGUCCAAGCCUGUGGUCUACAGCAUCUGCCACAGUGAUGAGAUCCAGAGGAAGCUGGCUGAGCAGCAGGAUCUGCAGCGAGACAUUGAGCAGCACACAGAGGGUGUGGCAUCCGUUCUGACUAUCUGCGAUGUUCUGCUUCACGAUGCCGACGCCUGUGGGAGUGACACGGAGAAUGACUCCAUCCAACAGACCACCCGCAGCUUGGACCGCCGCUGGAGAAACAUCUGUGCCAUGUCCAUGGAGAGGAGAAUGAGGAUUGAGGAGACAUGGCGGCUGUGGUGUAAGUUCCAGGAUGACUACUCCCGCUUCGAGGACUGGCUCAGGACUGCUGAGCGGACGGCGGCCAACCCUGUGUCGGCCGAUGUCCUUUACACUAGCGCCAAGGAGGAACUUAAAAAGUUUGAGGCAUUCCAGAGGCAGGUCCAUGAGAGGCUAACCCAGCUGGAGCUGGUCAACAAGCAAUAUCGUCGUCUGGCCCGGGAGAACCGCACAGAUGCUGCCAGCAAACUCAAGGUCAUGGUCCAUGAAGGCAACCAGCGCUGGGACAGCCUGCAGAAGAGAGUGGCUACCAUUCUUCGCAGACUCAAGCACUUCACCUCUCAAAGGGAGGACUUUGAGGGCACGCGGGAGGGCAUCCUGGUCUGGUUAACUGAGAUGGACCUGCAGCUGACCAACGUCGAGCACUUCUCAGAGAGCGACAUUGAGGACAAGAUGAGACAGCUCAUUGGAUUCCAGCAGGAGAUCACUCUGAACACUAAUAAGAUCGAUGCACUGAUUGUGUUUGGGGAGAACCUAAUCCAGAAGAGUGCUCCUCUGGAUGCUGUACUGAUCGAGGAUGAGCUGGAGGAGCUGCACUCCUACUGCCAGGAGGUGUUUGGCAGAGUGGCCCGCUUCCACCACCGCCUCACCAACAGAUACCCGGUCCUGGAGGAGGAGCGAGACACAGACCUGGAUGACUCAGCUGAACUGACCGGAGGGUCCUGGGGGGAGAAUGAUGAUGAGGAGAAGGAGGAAGAUGAGUGCCGAGUGGGAAGCGAGUCACUGGGACGGCAUGCCGUGUGUCAUCUAUUGGCCCACCCUCUGGAACGUUCCGGAAGGGAAACCCCGGUCAGUGUGGACUCCAUUCCUCUGGAGUGGGACCAUACUGUGGACGUGGGUGGAUCUUCAUCCCACGAGGACGAAGAGGAUGCCACCUUCUACAACGCCAUGUCAGAUGUAGACGUCACUGAGAGUUCAGAGGCCUUUCUUAAGGCGACUGCCAAAGCAUUGAGAGCAGCCUCCGUGAAGUCGCUAACGGAUCCCCCCAACUGGCACUCCCCUGAGCCCCAGGAGAAGAAACGUGUUCCCAGGGACGUCCUCCGGGGCCCGGGCACAUCUCCCAGACCCCACAUUAGCCCCCCCUUCCACCAGCGGGGAUAUGUCAAGCUGUUGUCAGAGUGCAGCGGCAGCAUCGACAGGGUGAAGAGGGUUAAACUGAUCCUGGACGACGAAGAGCUGGAUGACCAAGGCCUCACAACAUUGACCAGCGCAGACAAACAGACUGGUGUGAUCGAGCGCUGGGAACUGCUGCAGGCUCAGGCCCACAGUGAUGAACUCUGCAUCAAACAAGACCUGCAGCAGUGGCAGAAGCUGAACUCUGACCUCGCUGAAAUAACUUCCUGGCUGAAUCAUGUGCUACCAGAGCUGGAGAGGCUGCAGAGGCUGACCCCGGCCACCAGCGUCCGUGACAUGGAGGGCAACAUUGGGAGACUUAAGGAGAUGCAAAAGACAUUUAACAGUUACAAGUCUCUGAUGAUCUCCAUCAACCUGAGAGGCCAAGACUUGCAGGCUGGGGGCUUUGCUGAACUGCAGGAGCUACAGGAGACCCUAAGGACUGCCAAUCAUAGCUGGACGCAGGCCUGUGCUGGCCUGGACAGCUGGGAGGAAAGACUCCACAGUGCCCUGAUGCAGUGCCAGGAGUUCCAUGAGACACUGCACUCCAUGCUGCUGUGGCUUUCCCAGGCUGAGAACACGCGCCACACCAUCAAUAUCCACAGCUGCGUCACACAGCGCUCUGCCCUGCUGGAGCACAGAGACAUCCUCAUGACCUUGGAGGAGGAGUUGCGUGGGCGCCAGCGCCAGGUCUCCUCCCUGCAGGAGAUAUCCUCCCAGCUUCUCCUGGAGGCCACGGCCGAGGACAGCGUUGAGGCAAAGGAGAAGGUCCACGUCAUAGGCAACAAGCUCCGCCUACUGCUGCGCCAGGUGGCCAGCGACCUGCACAUCCUGCACGACAGACUGGUACGUCCCACUGACCGCUCCAAAACCAGGGAACCAUCUCUCAUGUCCUUGGUGAAGGGAACCGGUACUGGAGAACCAUCGGUGACGGCGGAAUCCUGUCCAACCAGCUCUGAGAUGGACAGCGUCGGUCUGGGGAUGAUCAGUGCUCCGCUGCACAAGGAUAAGGCUGAAAUGAGAGCAGCAGGAGUCAAAGCCACCAGCUUUAGAAAGGAGAAGGGAGACUCUUCCCCGGCUCGUCCCUUCUUCUACAGGGUGCUGCGUGCUGCCUUUCCCCUACACCUGCUCUUCCUGCUCCUGUUGGUGCUGGCUUGUCUGGUUCCUCACUCUGAAGAGGACUACAGCUGUGCCCUGUCCAAUAACUUUGCCCGCUCUUUCUACCCCAUGUUGCGCUACACCAAUGGCCCACCGCCCACAUGAGAUAGCAAAAACACCGCCCCCCUGCCCUUGCCUUUUAAAGCCUCUGAAAAACACUACACUACAGAAAGUUGUCUCAAAUAUUGGUUAAUGACUUUUUUUAUGUCCACAUAUCUAUAUUUAAUAUAUACUGAGCUCAUUAAGGUGUGCAGCUCAGAAAAUAAGAAAAUAAGCCAUAUAAUUGAUUUGGUUUAAAGUAAAGCAUUUUAACAUGUAGUGGAGGUGCAUAAGAUAACAUCCCCUACAAGCUGUAUUUUCCAGACACAGAUACAUAUUUUAAUAGCUUUGUUUUAUCAAUGAAGAUAAUGUAUACCCAUAUUAAUGGCUCAUUUAAUUGUAAACCACUGCUGUUUGUACCAAAGGAUUAGAAUGAUGAGAGUAUAAUUUUGUACCAUGACUACAGUUCUUAUCAUUUUACUCACAACCAACUGUGGGUAGCACAUUUGUGUAUGUAUACAUAUUGUUUGAUUUAGCAUCGUGUACACAGUGAUGGAUCAUUUUCACUAAAUAGUGGUAGCAAAUCAAAUGAAAACAUGCCUUGCUGGAGUCAGUGCUUUGGAAAAGAAAUUUUUAAUAUAUA